GGGGAUUAAGGUGUAGGACGUUAGGUUGUGCUGUAAUGUAUUAACGGCAGUAUUGAAAUGAGGUAGUCGGAAGACAAGAUGUCUACACAAAGAGUCCUUCCUCAAAGUAAAGAAACGCUUCUGCAGUCGUACAACAAAAGACUGAAAGAUGAUAUCCGAUCCAUAUUGGACAAUUUCACAGAGAUCAUAAAAACAGCCAAGAUUGAGGAUGAGACCCAGGUUUCACGAGCAACGCAAGGAGAGCAAGAUCAUUAUGAGAUGCAUGUCAGAGCAGCUAACAUUGUCCGAGCUGGAGAGUCGCUGAUGAAGCUGGUGUCCGACCUCAAGCAGUUCCUGAUCCUGAACGACUUCCCCUCCGUGAACGAGGCCAUCAACCAGAGCAACCAGCAGCUGCGGUCCCUGCAGGAGGAGUGCGAUAAGAAACUGACCUCCCUGCGGGAUGAGAUUGCAAUUGACCUGUACGAGCUUGAGGAAGAAUAUUACUCCUCCAGGUACAAAUAGGUUCAUAGUUACUCUCACCAUACACGUCUCUGCCCUACGCAUUUAUAACUAGCGCCUUAAGUGCCUUUGGCCGUUAGCUGGAGUGCUGGAACUCCUUUUCUUUAAUCUAAGAAACUUUACUAUACUUUAUAAUAUCAUGUGCCUUGUUCAACAAUCCUAAAACCCCAAUGGUAAAAGAACAAUUACUCUCUCCUCAUUUUGCCUCUUGAAAACGAUGCGUACAAGAUAAUGUAGGUGACUAUUUUAUCUGGAAAAAAAUACUAAGCUGCAAGACUAUAAAAGUGAAAUGAGAGAAGUUCGCCCUUGGUUCCUUCAGCAUACUACAAAAUAAAUAGCAGUGUAGUAAUUUAUGUUGUGUGUCAAAUGUGUCCUAGAAUCCAAUGUGUUGUUUCCUAUAUUUACACCUCAAGUGCUUUACAGAGAACAAAAAAGUAGGUUGCAAUUUCUACUAAAGUGUAUUUUCCUUGUAAUUAUGCUAAAGAGAUGAUAUUAUUUUGAAGCACUUUUUAGUCUUCGUUGAUUUUGCACAAGGAUGAUUGUGAUUGGAGUAUGUUGUUUUUUUAAGCAACAAAAUAAGUGGUUUAAUUUGCCCAUAAAAGUAUCCACUCAAAAAGUGAAUUGUUUCUAAAUCUAGAAGCAAUUCGACUAAAGAUGUUUUUUACAUUUGCAGAAUUAUAAUUAGCUCCUUAAUUUUUAUGAUCAGUCUGCAUGGAAAUGGACUUUUUAUGUUGCCAGGCCCACGAUUUGAUUAAACUUUUUAUUUUUGUUAUUUUAAAUAAAUUCUAAAAUCAAUAAACACAGGACAAGAGUAAAACCAUACAGAGAUUAGGUACACAGUUGUUUGGUUCAGCUAUGUUACUUAUAAAUCGUGGAGAUUUCGUGUUUUCUUUUAGCAGAAUGUUCAGAAAGUAUGCAUGUGGAUAUCUACAAUGGUUUUGGAUGUGAAAAAAUAUUUGUACAAUAUAUCUUAUUGCAACGCGUUUUGCGAAAUUUUCUUAUUGGGCAAAAACUAUUUCUUUAAUUUAAUCCUGUAUAGGAACUUCAUAUCUACAUUAAAUAUUUGUUUAACGUGUUCUCUGAUACUUCAUGUUAUAUGAUAUGGUCAAGGAUACGUUUACAUACUGUAUGUUACCUGUAUGUCCUAUAUGUAAAAUGCUUUAGGAUAAAAAGCACUAUAUAUAGUAAAUGCAAGGAAUUAUUCUUGUAGCUAAAGAUUUUAUUAUUUUUACUUUCAAUAAUAAGUGUUGGUAUUUUAAUUAAUUGUUCUGCACACCUCUAGUUGAAUGAUAGUAACAGGCUCAAAGAUCUACAAUAUCUAAGAAUUUAGCAAUGAUGUUUAUGCCCUGAACUGCAGGUUCUUAUCCCAAAAUCUGAGAGGGAUCUGGGACAGCAUGUUUCAUAUAAACACACUAAAAUGGUAGUGCAAAUGACUUUCAAAGUAAUGAAGUUCUCAACAUUACACUAAAAUGCAUCUUUAUUAUAUGGUUUAAUGUAACCUGUUUAUGUAGUUUUACUUUUACUCUUAAAAAUUCUGGAAAAAAUAAAGUAGAACAAUGGGUCCCUCA